UAGUCAAUUAUAAAUUGAUUAUCAAAUUUUUAUAAUCGAAUAAUGCGUAUUUAUUUUCAGUUCUACCUAAAGUCGAUGAAAACGUCGGACAUUAUUUGAAGAGAUAUUUUUUAGCAGUAUACUCAAUGUUAUAUAUGAGCGCAAAUUUUCAAAAAAGAUUGGAAAAUAAGAUCAAUGAUUUGGAGAAUAAUAAUUCAAUGGAUUAUUUGCUGAACAAAUUUAAAAAACUGAAAGUUAUGACCAUAGAUCGGGUGAACAAUUUAAAAUCACCAUAUUUAAUGCGACUGGAAAGCUAUAAUUGUUACGUAAUGAGAAUGAAAAAUAUGAAAGUGUUACCGUUUCAUAUCGACUUUUUCAAAAAGAAAUAUGAUUUAUUUAAAGACUAUAUCGGAAGUGAAACAAUUUUUGAUGAGUUUGAAGUUUUUUUCAAAGAGACUUCACAAAAAGAACAUGGAGAAUAGUCUAGUGAAAGUGGACAAGAAAUUCAACAAGAUAAAGACGAAAAAAUUGUAGACGUGACUGGUUAAUAUAGAAUAGUUACAUAAAUUAUAUUAAUUUACACUGAUUUAAAAUAUACUACCGGGGUCAUAUAAUUAGUUCUAGAUUUAUUUUAAUUUUUAUAAUAUUAUAAAAAUUAAAAAUAUAAUUUAUAAGCCACCGAAAAUAUAUUAUCUUAUCAUAAUAAUGUAACCACUAUUUCUGAAUUUUAUUAUUAUUUCUAUUUAUUAUUAUUAUUUUAUUUUUUUUUUGUUAAUAUUCUUAGUUAAUUUAAUAUAUCGUUGAAAUAAUAUAAUAUGAUAAAUGAUAAUAUUAUAAUUGAAUACCUUUAUUAAUGCUAUUAAUAUUGUAUUAUAUAAUUAUAAUUAGGUAAUCAAACAUUUAUACUAAUAGUCUUUACCAAAAUCAGAUUUAUGAUAUUUUUUAUUAAUUAAAAUAUUAAUAAAAAGUAUAGUAUGUCAGAGCAGUAUUGUAUUGUAUUAUUUGUGUUAUAAAUAAUAUUAAAUUGCUUACACUAGGCGUGUCCAACCAUUUUUAACUUGCGGGCCACAUCCGAAAUUUAUAUUUAUUCUGCGGGUCGUAUAUAUAUUUAUAAAAAAAAUAAUGUAAAUUAUAAUUCUAUUAAUAAUCUAAAAUCAAAUAUAUUUUUCUAUUUAUUCAAUUUUAAUAAUUAAAAAUAAAAAUUGUACAAUAUUUUGGAAUUCUUAAAGCUUUUUAACAUUUUUUUACAUUAUAAUUUUUAUUUUUAUUUUUACCCCUACAAAUAGGUAUACUUUUUUUAAAAUGGUCACAGGCCGGUUGGAAUACUUUCGCGUGUUGGGCACACCUGGUUAGUGGUUUACAUUGUAAUAUAAUUCAAUAAUACAUUUACAAAAUAAAAAACAUUUUAAAUAAACGUUGUACAUUUAUAUCAUAUUACCGCUAUAAAUAUAAAUUAAUUAUCUCUUUAAAUAAAAUACAUAUUAAUAUUCACGAUUUGUAAAUAGAUUAUGACUUAUUUUACUAUUUGUAUUACAAUUUAUAAAUAUUUCAAGUUUGAUAAUAAAUAAUAUCAUUUUUA